AUGGAUAAUUUUAUGGACAUGACGAAGAAAGCCGGCCACACGGCCGAGCUGGAACGCCUGGUUGCUCUCCACGAGACAUACUAUGAUGCCAUGGAUGGCAAGCUUGUCUUGGCACCUCUCGACCUCCAGGAGCCGGGCAAGAAGAUCCUCGACUGCGGCACCGCGGACGGUAUCUGGCUUCGCGACGUGCGGAAGUCGGCCCCAGCGGAACACCAGUACUUCGGCAGCGACAUCGAGCCGGAGCUCUUCCCUGAGCAACCUGACGGCAUUACAUACUUCCCCCAAUCUUUCAGCGAGCCAUGGGCCGACGAGCACAAAGACGCAUUCGACCUUGUCCACGUCCGGGGGAGCCUGGCGGGCUCCAGCCCCAAGAGGCCCGUCGAUGUGGUCAAGGGACUUGCCUCCGUGACGAAGCCGGGCGGCUGGGUCCAGCUCAUGGAGUUGAAUGCGUUCAGCGCCCCCAGCAACGGUCCUGCCAUGACCGACUUCGCGCGCAUGGCCUCCGAGAUCUGGGCCGGGAUCAAGGUGGGUGACUUCGCCAAUGAGCUGAAGUCCAUGUUGGAGGAGGUGGGCCUGCAGAACGUCCAAGAGAAGAGAGUCAUCGUUUCCUUGGGGAAGCAGGCGAAGCCCGAAUUACAUGCCAAGAGUAUCCAUGGGGUGACCGGACCUAUUCGGCCCCUGACGUCGGUCGCGCGGAGUGUGCCCAAUUCUUUCACGGAUGAGCAGCUUUCAUCCUUACCGGACCGGGUGAGGGAGGAGUUGGAGACUGAGGGAGGAAGGGUUGAGAUGGUUGUGGCAUGGGGUCAGCGUGUCUAG